CCUCGUCUCUCAUCUCUCAUCUUAUCGUCUUGUUCAUCCUCUCCCUCCUCCUCCUCGUCAUCCUCCUCCCCGCUCCGACAUCGCCUUACACAGGCAUACGCACCCGCACACACCCUCACCCCGCGCUCUCCGCGGCGCGCCCCAGCUCUCCGGUCCGCCGCACCUCCACUCCACCCCGCGCCACCCAACAAUCUCCACCUCCUUUCAACCACUCCCCCCUCCCUCACGCCUCCCCUCUCUCCUCUCCUCUACCAUCUUGGCCUCGGGCUGCUCACCACGUUCUGUUGAACGAUGACGGCCGUGUCGCCCAAGCCGUCGUCCCCCGGCACACCGAUCGUAGACUGGGAUGAGGCCCAGGUCAACGCGUACUUUGUCAGCUUGGGACUCAAGCAGUAUGAGAGUGUAAUUUACGAACAUGGUAUCACUGGCGAGGUGCUGUGCGCUCUCGAUAACGAAACGCUCGUCGACCUUGGUAUGAUGUCACUUGGGCACCGGCUCAACGUCUUGCGCGCUGUCUUUGAGCUCAAGAAGGAGCAAGGCGUAGAGAUAGGCGAAGACGACUGGCGGCCACAAGAAGAAGUAGCGCUUGAGGCGAUGGAGACGGCUGCUACGAUCGACCGGAUGUGGAGCCUUGUGUUGGAUCAACAGGAACGCCUGCAGUCUCUGGAGAAGGAGCAGAUACGAUUAAUGCGCGCCCUGACAGAAAAUGGCAUACAACUCCCUCCACCCCCACCAACUCUUGUCGAAGUGUCCGGCACACCAACAGCCGGUAUGGGCGCCUACUUUGGCUCGCCACCACCAACGUCACACGGCAAGCUUCAGACAAGUAAGCCGCCUCUCGCCAGACUCGCAAGCGGGACAGUCGUGCGGUCUGGGUCUAGAUCACAGCGCAAUGACGGCGCGUCAACAGCACCAUUACCCUCCAGCCCUACACCUCCGGUGGAACCAGCACCUGCGCCCUCGGGCGGAUCAUCGCACGGCGCGCGCGACGCGGCCCACUCGGCAGCCAGGAGUUUCCGCGUUACAAUGGAGGAUCCGUGCUGGAAGGUGCUUCCUGCAGCGCUCAAGAAGUACAAGAUCAACGAUGACUGGAAGAUGUACGCGCUCUUCAUCUGCUAUGGCAACACGGAGAGAUGUCUGAGUUAUGACGAGAAGCCGUUGUUGCUGUUCCAAAAGCUCAAGGAGGGCGGGCAGCGACCAGUGUUCAUGCUGCGGCACAUUCGCGACAUCAAGUCGCCUAUCGCUGUCGCACAGCAGAAGCAGGCGAUCAAGCUCGGACUCCCGGCCAACUCGACUGCAAAUCUCUUGCCCCAGCUUGACGCACCAUCACCGUCACCCACGAAGGCGACCAGAUCUCCAGGAGCCGCAAAGAGCGAAUCUGGGGGGCGGACGCCGGGGGAUGGGACAUUCCCAGAAUUGCCAUCACCUGGUAUGCGCGACCCCGACGCUGCGACCAUUGCAUCCAAGGAUUUCAAGGAGAAUAGCUCUGCUAGCUCCAGUAUACAACCGCGCACACCAGUCACUGGUACGCUCAUGGACAAGGACGGCAAGGUGCACAAGGUCACAUACGCGAUCAGCAUCUAUCCGUAUAUCGCAGACCGACAGGACGAGUUCGAUGUCGCUGUCGGCGCUGCCUUCGUGGUCAUGUCCAAGGCCAAGGGGUGGUGGUUCGUUCUCAAGGACACGGAGGGGAGAGGCAACAUCAGUUCGGAGACGACCAAAAGCGCCUGGGUCCCCGCCGGCUGCCUACUAGAACUCACAGCGCCGAUCGCGAGCAUUUCACCACAAUCGCCAGGCAGCAUUCCAGGGCGUGCACCCAUCCCGCCUGCCAACAUUAUGAGCUCGAGCUAUCCGGGCGUGGUGCUUAUGAACCACACGAGCAAAGACACGCACGAGCUCACGAUCAAGGAGGGCGAGAAGGUGCGCGUGUACAAGAAGUACUGCCACUGGAGUUAUUCAAUCAAGGAGGACACGGGCGAGCGUGGCUGGGUGCCCGCAUGGUUUGUUGGCAAGCUCACGGGCGCGGGCGAGCGAGAGGCGGCCGCGCCCUCGGCGAGUGGGAGCGCCCCCGUCGCCGGUGCAGGCGCAGGCGGAAGUGGCGAGGCACCGCCGCCAUACCAAAAGAGCAAGGAGGAGGGCGAGAAGAAGGACAAGGACGAGCAGCAGGGCGGCGUUUAAUUCAUGUAUGUGACGUGCGCGCAGUACGGGGAGUGGCACCGCUCUUGGUCCCACGCUUGUUAUUAUAUGUCUAGGUGCUGUGAAAAAAAGAAGCAAGCCCUCCACAAGCCUCCAUCACC